UUAGCAUUUAGACGACACAGAGGUAGCUAGCAGGUUAGCUUCUCUCAUCAUGGUGAAUGUAAAGAAGCGGAAAGGUCGGGUCGUGAUUGACUCUGACUCUGAAGACAGUGCUAGCGACGAUAACUUAGAUCAGGAGCUCUUGUCUUUGGCAAAGAGGAAGAGGGUGGAUUCAGGAGAUCAGGAGGAGCCGGUGAGCAAACCUGCAGCUUCUUCAGACUCAGAGACAUCCGACAGUGAUGAUGAGUGGACUGUGGGUGGCACCAAAGGCAAAAAGAAGGUUAAACCAGGCAAAGGGUCUGAGAAGAAGAAUGCUACCAAGAAAAAGGUUCACAAAGCGACGGCGUCCGGCAGCUCGGGUGGAGACAGCUCAGGGGAGAGCUCGGCACCAGAGGAGGGCGAGGUGUCCGACUCUGAGAGCAACAGCUCGUCCUCCAGCUCCGACUCGGACUCCUCUGAGGACGAUGUGUUCAGGGACGGCUACGACGACGACCUGAUGGGCGACGCUGAGGACCGAGCGAGGCUGGAGCAGAUGACGGAGAAGGAGCGAGAGCAGGAGCUGUUCAACAGAAUCGAGAAGAGGGAGGUGCUCAAGAGACGUUUUGAAAUCAAAAAGAAGCUGAAGACGGCAAAGAAGAAGGAGAAAGAGGAGAAGAAGACCAGGAAACAGGAGGAAGAGCAGGAGAAGAGGAAGCUAUCUCAGGUUCAAGACACACAAGUGGUCAUGUCACACAACAAGGAGAGACGAACAAAACGUGACGAAAAACUUGACAAAAAGUCCAUGGCCAUGGAGGAGCUGAAGGCCGAGCGCGAGAAGAAGAAGAACAGAACAGCUGAACUGCUGUCCAAACGUCAGCCUCUGAAGACCAGCGAGGUUUACUCCGACGAUGAGGAGGAAGAGGAGGAAGACGACGACAAGUCUUCCGUCAAAAGUGAUCGCAGUUCCCGUUCGUCGUCCUAUGAUGAAGACGAUAGGGAUGACACCCCCCCGAAGUCGCAGCCCGUCUCCCUGCCUGACGAGCUGAACCGGGUCCGGCUGUCCCGACACAAACUGGAGCGCUGGUGCCACAUGCCCUUCUUCACCAAGACGGUGACCGGCUGCUUCGUGAGGAUAGGGAUCGGGAACAGCAGCAGCAAACCGGUGUACAGGGUUGCUGAAAUUGUGGACGUGGUGGAGACGGCGAAGGUUUACCAACUCGGAACAACGCGAACAAACAAGGGUUUACAGUUAAGGCACGGCGGCGACUUGCGGGUCUUCAGGCUCGAGUUCGUAUCAAAUCAGGAGUUCAUGGAGAACGAGUUCAUGAAGUGGAAAGAGGCGAUGGUCGUCGCUGGAAUGCAGGUACCAACUCUGGACGAAAUCACCAAAAAAGAGCAGUCCAUCAAAGAGGCUAUGAAUCACAAGUUCAACGACAAAGACAUCGAGGAUAUCGUUAAAGAGAAGGACAGAUUCCGGAAAGCGCCAUCGAAUUACGCCAUGAAGAAAACGCAGUUACUCAAAGAUAAGGCCAUGGCUGAAGAGGUGGGAGACAACGACAAAGUGAAGUCGAUCCAGGACACGCUGAACGAGCUGGAGGAGAGAGCUGAGAUGCUCGACAGACAGAGGACCAAGAGCAUCUCUGCCAUCAGCUACAUCAAUCAGAGGAACAGAAGCUGGAACAUCGUUGAAUCUGAGAAAGCUCUCGUGGCUGAAGGACAGUUAGCCAAAACCAACCAGGCGAUGGACCCUUUCACACGGAGACAGUGCAAACCCACCAUGGUGUCCAAUGCCAGAGACCCUUCAGUCCACGCAGCUAUCCUCGCUCACCUGAACCAGAAGUACGGCUCCGGGUCGGCAACAGAUCUCCCCGGAGAGGACAAUAACAGAAUUGCCAACGCGAAAGAAAAAGACAACCUGAAGCUAAACGCCGAGCUCUCAGAGGAUUUGUUUAAAGUUCAUGAUUUUGACGUCAAGAUCGACCUACAGGUUCCCAACGCAGAGGCCAAGUCUCUGUCUGUGAGCUCCAACGCUCUGCCGGUGAAGGACGGCGCCCCCCGCAGGUCAUUAAACCUCGAGGACUACAAGAAGAGGAGGGGGCUCAUCUGAUGUGGGACUACAUCUACAGCAAACACACAUAUGUUCCUGGCUGUGCAGGAGAGAGAGAGAGAGAGAGAGUGUGUGGCUAAGAGAGAGAGAGAGAGAGAGAGAGUGUGUGGCUAAGAGAGAGAGAGAGUGUGUGGCUAAGAGAGAGUGUGUGG